GUGGGCCACAGCCACAGCCAAGUUAGCGGCAACCGUAUUCGCACAUCCGCACACCCGGACAUCCGCACAUCCGCACCACCGGACAUCCGCAAUAUUCGCUGCAAGUGGAAGUUUUUUGGGAUUUUCGUUGCAAACUUUUCUGGAGUAUUAGCGCGUGGCGUGGAAUGAAACUUUUACUUUUCUUGAAGGCCCUGUUGCUGCUGCUGGCGGCGCAGCUGGCGGCGCAGCUGGCGGUUGCCCAGACCCAACCGGAGGCAGCAACAAACACAGGCAAGUCGCAAUCCCGACCGCAGUCCAAGUACUGCAAGUCCUUUGAUAACGCCGCCGUGGGCGCCAACAAUCUGUGCGAGAAACAUCGCUUCCUAACCUACUCCAAGUGCCGUUUCGAAUGCACCCCCACGCACCACCUGAGCGUUCAGAACUGUUCGGUUCAUAUAUUGGGCAAGCACAGUUAUCCAAAGUGCGAUGACAUCUACUGCGUGCCGGAUGAAACUGGAGCAGGUACAACAUCUAGACCGACCACCGGACAGCCACGCCCGACUCCGACAACACCAAAGACGACCACGACAGAACAAAACCAUGUACCACCUUCGACGCCGGCUCACGAACCACCGAAUCAUUCUGGAAAUGGUCCCAUAACAGAUUCCGCAGGAAAAAGCUCUACUCUGAUUUGGGAAGCUACAGGUGGAACAAUUUCACAUGAAAGUACGAAAGCGUUUACUGCGGAGUCCUCAGAAAAAAUAUAUUCUACGAAAACAAGUAAAAUUGAGACAACAAAGCCGACAACAUCCUCAUCAACUGACACCAGCUGGGAGUCAAGUACAGCUUACACAGAGAUCAUAAAUGAGAAAACCUCAUCAGAAAUUCCAGCAACAGAUAUCGCACAAAAGUCAUCUUCUUCAGUACUACCUGAAACCAGUUCUACGGAACUACCUGGAACAAGUACCUCGGAACAGUCAACACCUUUCCCAACAAGCUCAACUGUGGAAGACAUAACUUCCAAUUCAAAAUCUUCUGUUGGCACUCCUGUGACUGAUAUAGGAGAGGAAUCAUCUUCUACAGUACUACUUGGAAGCAGUACCUUGGAACAGACAGCAUCUUCCCUAUCGGGCUUAACAAUGGAAGACACUACUACUGUUUGGGAAUCAUCUGUUGGCACUACUGUGACCGAUAUAAGGAAGGAAUCAUCUUCCACAGAACUCCCUGGAACUAAUAUCUCGGAACAGUCCACACCUGCUCAAACAGGCUCAACUGUGCGUGAUAUUACUUCCAAUUCAGAAACUUCUGAUAGCACUGCUGCGAUUGAUAAAGGGAAGGCAUCAUCUUCUUCUGAACUACCUCGAACCAGUUCCUCGGAACAGUCAACACCUUCUGGAAUAGGCUCAACUGUGGGAGAUAUAACUUCCAAUACGGAAUCAUCUGUUGGAACUCCUGUGACUGCUAUAGGAGAGGCAUCAUCUUCUUCAGAAUUACCUGGAACCCUUUCCACGGAACAGUCAACACCUUCUGGAGCAGGCUCAACUGUGGGAGACAUAACUUCUAAUUCGGAAUCUUCUGUUGGCACUUCUCUGACAGCUAUAGGAGAGGAAUCAUCUUCCUCAGAGUUACCUGGAAUCAGUUCCUCAGAGCAAUCCACAUCUUCCUCGUCGGGAUCAACUGUGGGAGACAUAACUUCUAAUUCGGAAUCUUCUGUUGGCACUCCUGUGACUACUAUAGGAGAGGCAUCAUCUUCUUCAGAAUUACCUGGAACCCUUUCCACGGAACAGUCAACACCUUCUGGAGCAGGCUCAACCGUGGGAGACAUAACUUCCAAUACGGAAUCAUCUGUUAGCACUUCUAUGACAGCUAUAGGAGAGGAAUCAUCUUCCUCAGAGUUACCUGGAAUCAGUUCCUCAGAGCAAUCCACAUCUUCCUCGUCGGGAUCAACUGUGGGAGACAUAACUGCCAAUUCGGAAUCUUCUGUUGGCACUCCUGUGACUGCUAUAGGAGAGGCAUCAUCUUCUUCAGAAUUACCUGGAACCCUUUCCGCGGAACAGUCAACACCUUCUGGAGCAGGCUCAACUGUGGGAGACAUAACUUCCAAUUGGGAAUCUUCUGUUAGCACUCCUGUGACAGCUAUAGGUGAGGAAUCAUCUUCUACAGUACUACUUGGAAGUAGUACCUUGGAACAGACAGCAUCUUCCCUAUCGGGCUUAACAAUGGAAGACACUACUACUGUUUGGGAAUCAUCUGUUGGCACUACUGUGACCGAUAUAAGGAAGGAAUCAUCUUCCACAGAACUCCCUGGAACUAAUAUCUCGGAACAGUCCACACCUGCUCAAACAGGCUCAACUGUGCGUGAUAUUACUUCCAAUUCAGAAACUUCUGAUAGCACUGCUGCGAUUGAUAAAGGGAAGGCAUCAUCUUCUUCUGAACUACCUCGAACCAGUUUCUCGGAACAGUCUACACCUUCUGGAAUAGGCUCAAAUGUGGGAGAUAUAACUUCCAAUACGGAAUCAUCUGUUGGAACUCCUGUGACUGCUAUAGGAGAGGCAUCAUCUUCUUCAGAAUUACCUGGAACCCUUUCCACGGAACAGUCAACACCUUCUGGAGCAGGCUCAACCGUGGGAGACAUAACUUCCAAUACGGAAUCAUCUGUUAGCACUUCUAUGACAGCUAUAGGAGAGGAAUCAUCUUCCUCAGAGUUACCUGGAAUCAGUUCCUCAGAGCAAUCCACAUCUUCCUCGUCGGGAUCAACUGUGGGAGACAUAACUGCCAAUUCGGAAUCUUCUGUUGGCACUCCUGUGACUGCUAUAGGAGAGGCAUCAUCUUCUUCAGAAUUACCUGGAACCCUUUCCGCGGAACAGUCAACACCUUCUGGAGCAGGCUCAACUGUGGGAGACAUAACUUCCAAUUGGGAAUCUUCUGUUAGCACUCCUGUGACAGCUAUAGGUGAGGAAUCAUCUUCUACAGUACUACUUGGAAGUAGUACCUUGGAACAGACAGCAUCUUCCCUAUCGGGCUUAACAAUGGAAGACACUACUACUGUUUGGGAAUCAUCUGUUGGCACUACUGUGACCGAUAUAAGGAAGGAAUCAUCUUCCACAGAACUCCCUGGAACUAAUAUCUCGGAACAGUCCACACCUGCUCAAACAGGCUCAACUGUGCGUGAUAUUACUUCCAAUUCAGAAACUUCUGAUAGCACUGCUGCGAUUGAUAAAGGGAAGGCAUCAUCUUCUUCUGAACUACCUCGAACCAGUUCCUCGGAACAGUCAACACCUUCUGGAAUAGGCUCAACUGUGGGAGAUAUAACUUCCAAUACGGAAUCAUCUGUUAGCACUUCUCUGACAGCUAUAGGAGAGGAAUCAUCUUCCUCAGAGUUACCUGGAAUCAGUUCCUCAGAGCAAUCCACAUCUUCCUCGUCGGGAUCAACUGUGGGAGACAUAACUGCCAAUUCGGAAUCUUCUGUUGGAACUCCUGUGACUGCUAUAGGAGAGGCAUCAUCUUCUUCAGAAUUACCUGGAACUAGUACCUCGAAACAGUCAACACCUUCGGGAAUAGGCUCAACUGUGGGAGACAUAACUUCUAAUUCGGAAACUUCUGUUGGCACUCCUGUGACUGCUAUAGGAGAAGCAUCAUCUUCCUCAGAGUUACCUGGAAUCAGUUCCUCAGAGCCAUCCACAUCUUCCUCGUCGGGAUCAACUGUGGGAGACAUAACUGCCAAUUCGGAAUCUUCUGUUGGAACUCCUGUGACUGCUAUAGGAGAGGCAUCAUCUUCUUCAGAAUUACCUGGAACUACUACCUCGAAACAGUCAACACCUUCUGGAGCAGGCUCAACUGUGGGGGACAUAACUUCCAAUUCGGAAUCUUCUGUUGGAACUCCUGUGACUGCUAUAGGAGAGGCAUCAUCUUCUUCAGAACUACCUGGAACUAGUACCUCGAAACAGUCAACACCUUCUGGAACAGGGUCAACUGUGGGAGACAUAACUUCCAAUUCGGAAUCUUCUGUUGGAAUUCCUGUGACUGCUAUAGGAGAGGCAUCAUCUUCUUCUGAACUACCUCGAACCAGUACCUCGAAACAGUCAACACCUUCUGGAGCAGGCUCAACUGUGGGGGACAUAACUUCCAAUUCGGAAUCUUCUGUUGGAACUCCUGUGACUGCUAUAGGAGAGGCAUCAUCUUCUUCAGAACUACCUGGAACUAGUACCUCGAAACAGUCAACACCUUCUGGAACAGGCUCAACUGUGGGAGACAUAACUUCUAAUUUGGAAUCUUCUGUUGGCACUCCUGUGACUGCUAUAGGAGAGGCAUCAUCUUCUUCUGAACUACCUCGAACCAGUUCCUCGGAACAGUCAACACCUUCUGGAAUAGGCUCAACUGUGGGAGACAUAACUUCCAAUACGGAAUCAUCUGUUAGCACUUCUGUGACAGCUAUAGGAGAGGAAUCAUCUUCCUCAGAGUUAACUGGAAUCAGUUCCUCAGAGCAAUCCACAUCUUCCUCGUCCGGAUCAACUGUGGGAGACAUAACUGCCAAUUCGGAAUCUUCUGUUGGCACUCCUGUGACUGCUAUAGGAGAGGCAUCAUCUUCUUCUGAACUACCUCGAACCAGUUCCUCGGAACAGAUAACACCUUCUGGAAUAGGCUCAACUGUGGGAGACAUAACUUCCAAUACGGAAUCAUCUGUUAGCACUUCUGUGACAGCUAUAGGAGAGGAAUCAUCUUCCUCAGAGUUACCUGGAAUCAGUUCCUCAGAGCAAUCCACAUCUUCCUCGUCUGAAUCAACUGUGGGAGACAUAACUGCCAAUUCGGAAUCUUCUGUUGGCACUCCUGUGACUGCUAUAGGAGAGGCAUCAUCUUCUUCAGAAUUACCUGGAUCCCUUUCCACGGAACAGUCAACACCUUCUGGAAUAGGCUCAACUGUGGGAGACAUAACUUCCAAUACGGAAUCAUCUGUUAGCACUUCUGUGACAGCUAUAGGAGAGGAAUCAUCUUCCUCAGAGUUACCUGAAAUCAGUUCCUCAGAGCAAUCCACAUCUUCCUCGUCUGAAUCAACUGUGGGAGACAUAACUGCCAAUUCGGAAUCUUCUGUUAGCACUCCUGUGACUGCUAUAGGAGAGGCAUCAUCUUCUUCUGAACUACCUGGAACUAGUACCUCGAAACAGUCAACACCUUCUGGAACAGGCUCAACUGUGGGAGACAUAACUUCCAAUUCGGAUUCUUCUGUUGGAACUCCUGUGACUGCUAUAGGAGAGGCAUCAUCUUCUUCAGAAUUACCUGGAACUAGUACCUCGAAACAGUCAACACCUACUGGAGCAGGCUCAACUGUGGGAGACAUAACUUCUAAUUUGGAAUCUUCUGUUGGAACUCCUGUGACUGCUAUAGGAGAGGCAUCAUCUUCUUCAGAAUUACCUGGAACCCUUUCCACGGAACAGUCAACACCUUCUGGAGCAGGCUCAACUGUGGGAGACAUAACUUCCAAUACGGAAUCAUCUGUUAGCACUUCUGUGACAGCUAUAGGAGAGGAAUCAUCUUCCUCAGAGUUACCUGGAAUCAGUUCCUCAAAGCAAUCCACAUCUUCCUCGUCGGGAUCAACUGUGGAAGACAUAACUUCCAAUUUGGAAUCUUCUGCUAAAACUUCUGUGACUGAUAUAGGAGAGGAAUCUUCUUCUACAAAACUAGCUGGAACUAGUACGUCGGAACACUCAACAUCUUCUCCAUCGGGCUUAUCCAUGGAAGAUACUACUACAAUUUGGGUAUCAUCAGUUGGCACUGCUGUGACUGACUUAACUGGAAAUAUUUCCUCAGAACAGUCAACACUUUCGACAUCGGGCUCAACUAUGGAAAACAUUACUUCCAUUUGGGAAUCAUCAGCUAGCACAGCUGGGACAGAUGUUGCGCAGGAGAUAUCUUCUACGGAUUUACCUAGAACCAGUUUCACGGAGAAGUCAGCACCUUUUUCAACAGGCUCAACUGCUGACACUUCAUCUACUUGGAAGUCAUCGGUUAGCACGGCUGCUUCCAAAAUCACGGAGGUGGAAACCAAUGAAUUGCCAGAGGAAUCAACUUCUGCAGAGUCACUCGGAACCAUUUCAUCAGAAUCUAUUACGUCUUCAACAAAAGGUAUCUCCGAGGAAACUUCUAUUUUGACCACGAUAAUUGGACCUACUGGAAGCAGUUGGUCAAAUCGCAAUGAACCGGACAGUUUUACACAACAGUACACUUGGACCACAGGUGACCCAUACACAGAUCGUACUGACUCAACCUGGACGCCUCACUGUAAACUGGUUUGCGGUUGAGUGGGGAAUGAAUUAAAUGUAAUUUCGAUUUGGAUUUCUUACAGAUCUUAAGAAUGCUGAUGCCUCGACUGCUGAAGAUUUUUUUAGAUAUUUUUAUUAUUAAUACGUUGCACGUACUUUUAAACUGUACAACUUAUUUUUCUGGUGUUGGGUAAUAAACCAAAUAUAUAUAUAUAUAUUCACAAUA